CGUCCUCACAAUCUGAUUUCAAAAACUUCCAGGCGCGCGCCGGCUCAUCGAUCGAACCUUCGUCGACGUGCGUACGUACUUGCGCCAUGGACGCCGUCGUGUUGGGUGACGUUGAUGAUCUCGACUUCGACUUGGGUUUUAUGGACGGGUUCGAGUUCGACCUGCUGGACAUGGACCUCACCGAGUUCUGCCACGGCGACGGCGAGUGCUUGCUGCCUGCCGUGGCCGAUAAGGAUGGCGGUUUGGGUUUGGAUUUAGGUUCUGAUGACGGUGGCGAAGGGGGGAGGGAGAGCUCGCCGGACUCCGUGGUGACGGACGACGGCGCGCCGCCUCUGUCGUUAGAGCCGUCUGGGGAUCGCGACGAUGGCGAGAUGUCGGCCUACGUGGGCGACCUGGAGAGGUUCCUCAUGGAGAGCGAGGAUGACGCGGAGGCCGGCGGGCCGUUCGCGGCCAAGGGGCUUGCCGCCAACGACCACUUGUUCGACGAUCUCGCUGUUGCGGACGGCGGUUACGUCCAGCCGUCGACUGCAGCGGAGGAGUUUGCCGCCGCGGACUACUUCUUGGGUGAUCUCGACGACGGUUACGCUGAGCCGGCGACUCCAGGGAAGGAUCUCGUCCUCGACGACUACUUCUUCGGCGAUCUCGUCUCGUACGACUACUUAUACGAUCCUGCUGUUGGGAGCGAUGGCUGCGUCGAGCCCGCGGCCGUUGCCAGCGUGGACGAUGCUGCAUCAUCGGCGACGGAGGAGGAGGAUGCUGGCGAGUACUACGACGACGACGAAGCGACCUCGAGGAAGCGCGCAAGGCAGAGGAAGGGCGGCGCUGCGGUGCCACGCGAAGCAGAGCUCCGGGAAACGCCGGUGAUGCAUGCCAUCUGGUCGAUCUCGACUGGAAACGGGUGCCGCCCCCUUGGUCACCAUUGGCUGCAUCCCUGCACCACAGUGUGCCUGUUGGCCUGAUCGAUCGAUGGAUCAACCUGCAGUUACGGUCCGUCUGGGAGAAAGAUGGCGACGGCGCCUGCCUCAGGUAUUCGAACCGGUAGGUGAAAAAUUCAGAGGAACAUUUCCCCGUGUUCUUCUAUGAUAUUUUCUGCCUUUCACACCAACCCGGCCAUUGGACGAUUAUAAAGUCAUGGGACGAACUAUAAACAACACAUACUCCUCUGUUCGGAGUAGAAAAUUUUGGUAGCAACUCUCGAACAACACGUUUACAAAAAGAAAAGAAAGCUUAGUUUUAUAAUGUACGAGUACACCUAAUAUUCCUCUUCUUGUACACAUACAUCCCGUGCGCAUUCCGGAUGUUAGUAGAAGUACAAGAAACCUUCUACUAGGUAGAGCAUGUCAGAUUCUUGUUCUCGACCGUCCAGAAUUUUUUUUCUCUGAAAAUCCAGUGAGCGCCACAAAUCGUCCAGGCUUGUGUUUAUUCAGUGUGGGCCGCUUAUAAUCUUGCUCGUACUGCUACCAGUUAAGGCUUAUUGAUUGGUGUACGUUUAGAAUUACAGGAAACCUUUUAGUUGGUAGAGCAUGGCAAUCUUUUGCUUUCUAAGCAUCGUCGACAGUCCAGCCCCCUUUUCUCUGAAAAAAAUGCCGUAAGCACCUUCAAUCGUCCAGGCUUGUGCUUGUUCAGUGCGGAUAGCAUAUAAUCUGCUCGUGCUGUUCAUUUCUUUGGGUAGACAAAAGCUUCAAUGGUUCUGGCCCUGUGCAGUCCAUCCAUGGAAAAAUUUGGAAGCGACUAUGGUGUGAAUUGUGAUCAAUGCACUCAGCUGCAGCAACGAUUGUUUUCUCCCACUAAUUAUGAAGGCUGAACACAGUUUCCUGUAUUGUCAGUUUACAAAGGAAAAUUGGAAGGUAUGGACUCCGAAAACAAGGUUCCUGUAUUGUCAGUUUCCUUCAGAAUUAAGCAGUGGCUGUGGCUGUUACAAUCCUAUGGUCUCUGCGGUGUGAGUGUGGCACAUUUGGAAGUAGAGAUGAAACCAUAUAUCUGCAUAUGUUGAAUGAUCACAACACUCUUUGAAGCCUAGAUCUUCUAUCUAUCAGGUUUGAGAUCCCAUCCUCUGUUCCAGUGUGCAUGUACUCCGCCAUCUCUGGAAUUUUUUCGCCUUCACAUUGUCUGUUCAAUCGAGUGCAUCUUUCUAGCAAGUGACUCGCUUGUUUCAGGCUGCCACACUCCGCCUAUUUUAUAUCUUUUAUUCUAGGUUUCUUUAUCUUCUCCUUUAAAAAAUCUUUUCACCUACCUAUCUUUUCCAAUUCGGGGUUCAGUAGUAAACAAUUGUGUUUAUUUCCAGCUUUUUUCUCUAAAUUACUUGUAGAAGCUACUAGAUUUUGCAGCUGUAUUGUUCAAGAGUUCUAGUGUUUUAUUUAUAUGCCUUUUUUUGGGAUGUUGUACUGGAAGUAUUGUGGUGAGCAAUGAAAACUUUAUUUUGUGUUGUCGCUGCAUUUCCGUUUCAACUAGUAAAGUGUUUUCAUGUGACAUGUUUGCAUUCUUGGUUUCUGGCGUUUACCUCAUACAAAAUCUUUAAUUGUAGAAGCUCGGCGAAUGAAUAUAACAACCACAAAUUGUUUAGUUUUAGAGAAAUCGAAAUAUAUUUUACUUGGAUUAAAAAAAGGAUCUUAUGUAACGGCUCAUUAGCAAACCAUUAUGCAGUAAUAUUUUGCAUAAAGUAACUUUGCUAAAUGCUGUAGUAAUUGCAUGUAUGAACAAUUUUUUCAUCGUGAUUACUUUUAGUUACCAUAUUCCACUUUGGUUGCUAAUUCUCCCAAACGGUAUUUAAUUGCUCUUAGUUAUUUUAGAGUCAUGUCUUUAAAUUCGAAAAUCCGCAUCUGAGCCCAGGCUCAGAUGCUCCCGCGCAGAAAAAAAUUUCAAAACAAUUACUAAUUUUUUUUUAAAAAAAGCCAAAUUUUUUUGUGUAGUAGAUAAUUUGUUGCGUGAG